UUCCAACUCAUUUCAUUUUGAGUUGCUCCCUAAGCUGUUCAGUUUAUUAAUUUGUUUACGUUUUUAAUACCAGAACUUCGGAGUAUAAGUAAUUUCGCUUUUAGUUAGUAAGCGGAUUGAAAAUAAAAGGUUAAGUUGUUACAAGUGCCACACCUAGGUUGAUACAGCAAUUGUCUAAUGCUUUUAAAUUAGUUGUUUAAAAUUUAAAUAGGGAAAAUGGUUGUUUUGGAGUCGUGCUGGUCGCCAAUCAUUUGGUCCAACUCUGUAAAGACUGGAAGUUAUGCUGUUGCAGUAUACACCGCGGCUUUAUCGGUGGUACUAAUCACAUUGAUUUCUUACAUGCUGACCGGAGGAGAAUCAGCUCAACUUUAUUCUCCACUUUUUGAAAGCGAUAUAAGAUAUUCAAUGCCUGUUUAUGGCAGUAUAUUUAUAUUCUACUUUCUACUAUUAAUUGCCGCAUCGUACAUGGUGUAUUAUGGUAUAAGGAUAAGCACCAGAGGUUGGCUCUUACCUUGGCUCAUUUUAGCAGGUAUUGGAAUUUUAUUUCAAUUUGUAUGGGGGCUGUGGCUCAUUGGUGGCUACUAUAUUUACCUCGAACAAACGUUCUCCGCUCUAUUGAACUUCUGUUGGACGGCAUACAAUGUUUACUGCUGGUUGUGCGUAUUCUCGCAGUACCAAAUAUUUUUGGAAAUGCAAAAUCCUAAUAUUGUUCUCUUGGAGCCGUUUUGAGUAACAGUACAAUCCAGACCCAGGUUCGGCGCUGGUUUCCAGUUCAAGUGUCAGCCGCAUUUGACAUUAACUAUUUAAGUUCGCACAAAGAUUUGGCCUUAAAUCAUGUGUAAUUUUAAAGAUCCACGAAUGUUUUUUUUUUUUUUAACGAAGAGGAGAAUUGUAUAUGAAAUUAAGGCUGAGUCCAAGUUGCAACAAUGCAAAGCUUCAGCCUCAUUUAUUUCUAAACUAUAAUGGAUGGAAAUGCCCUAUUUGCUCAACUGAGUUCCAAUUCGGCAUUAAGGGCCAGUUUUCCGGGCACGGUUGUGGUUUAAACUUAGUUUAAAUGCUCGAUAUGGUUCGUUUAAACUAAGAUUAGCCAAACAAAUACCAGCCAGCUUUUCAAUAUAAACACAGUUUUGUAAUCUAAGUUUAAACUGGUCCUUAAACGUAGUUGCGCUUAUUGGACAUCUCCAUCAGUUGUUGAUUAGAUAUAAAAGAGGCUGAUACUUUGCAUUGAUGCACUUGGAACUCAGCCAUACAGUGCCGGCAAAUGAUUGGAAUCAGUACACAAAUAUUCGUUCCCACGACAGUCGGGUAUACGUAACCGAAACGACCCAAAUUUAUAUCUGCCCAAGGACUGUCACUAGAGCAUUACUCCCCAAAAACUAUGGAGAGGGUUUGUAUGCUGUUACAACAAGUACUCGGAUAUUUAUAUUUUCAAGUUAAUCAGAUUUGUUUGUUUAUUUUUUAUGAGUAAUUUUUGGGGAAAAAAACCUUCAAUUUUUAACCGACUUCCAAAAAAGGAGGAGGUUAUUAGUUCGUCGGAAUAUUUUUUUUUUUCAUAUAAAAAUUUAAGGGAACCGUUUAUUUCUUCAUGGUCCAAUGCAGGGUUGUUGCGAAUAUUAUUCCGAAAUAAAAGUCCUUUCCGGAUAAUAAACAAACUGCUUAUCCAAAUUAAACAAGUUUGGUAUCAAAUGAGAGAGGAUUUAAAUAGCUACCAAACUGAAAUGUCUAAACGAGGAAAGCCACAUAUUGAAAAAUAUUUCAAUAAAAAUUGUUAACUAAUUACCAUGGAGCACACCUUUAAUCAGGUAUUAGUAUUACAUUAUAAAAAAAUAAUAAAAAAUUAGUAUUACAUUAUAAAAAAAUAUAAAUAGAGGCUGUUCGUUAUUUCUGUUUAAAAGCUAUUUCAACCCUCUUUCAUAUGAUAACAAAUUUCUUUAAUUUGGACAGGCGGUUUGUUUAUUACCCGGGAAGGAUUUUUAUUUCGGAAUAAUAUUCGCAACAACCCUGGUCUAAUGAUCGAAUCUAAACCAAGUUAAUAUGGGAUGCCUUCUGAGGUACCACCUUUCCUUAAAACAAAGAAUUAUAGAGAUCGGUUAACGCGGUCUAAAGUUAAGCGGUAAAAUACAUAAAAAAAAAA